UGGCUUUGGAGGGAAAAGAAAAGCCCCAAGGCUCCCUCGCCUAGGCUAGGGUUUGUGGCAGAGCAGGGAGGGAAUGUGGCAGCAGAUUCAAGCUUGAGGAAUGCCGAGGCUGUCGCCACUGCGGAUUUUCGGGAGCUUGCCCGGUGGCAGCAAAGGGGGGCAAUGCGCCGAGUCUGCGGAGAACGAGAGCGCUGGUCGUGUUCCCUUCGGUGAGAUCUCUGGAUUCGAUUCGUCUACUCCUUGCAACAGGGCACACACAGCCUCCAAUCCGCUCUCGGAGAAGGAGAAGAAUGUGGCUUCCGAUGGCGUUGCGGACAGGCGUGCCUUCAAUCCCACGCUCAAGCUCCAGUGGAUCCAGCAGCAGGCGAUCGUCAAGAAGCAGCAGCUCCAGCCCCGUGACGACGAUGCGCGAUCUGACGCCAGCGAGCAGCAGCAGCAGCAGCCGUUUGGUACCCCGUCCUCGCGCGGCCCCCGCCACCAGGCUUACAGCAGCGUCCAGGCGGCGAGCAAGCACGGCGGAGGAAGCCAGUUCAGCACCCCUCGGGCUUGCAAGAUCGACAACAAGUAUGUGACCAUGCAUUCCGAGCCCGGGAGUAACUCUGGCCAUGCCGGGACUGGGACGCCCAAGAAGAGCGUGUCCAGGACGCUCAAGUAUAACCAGGACGCGGGGCUGCGUGCUGCCGGAGCAGUGCCGGGGCCGGUCGUAAAGUCUCUGGGAUUCUGUCAGGGACAGCACGGGGAAGUUUUGGCACCGGCACACUUUGAGCUCGAGGAGGACGUCUCCUUUUGGCAAGACCAUAAUGUUCAGGUGCUCAUCCGUAUAAGGCCUCCCAGCCCGCUAGAGGUUUCGCUUCAAGGCCCCGGCAGAUGUCUGCGUCAGGAUACUGCUCACAGCCUUACGUGGAUCGGGCACCCCGAAUCAAGGUUUACCUUCGACCAUGUGGCCUGUGAAAGCGUCAACCAGGAGAAGCUGUUCAGAGUCGCGGGGCUGCCAAUGGUGGACAACUGUAUCUCCGGAUAUAACAACUGCAUGUUUGCCUAUGGUCAGACGGGGAGUGGGAAGACCCAUACAAUGCUUGGCGAUAUUGAUCAGGAGCAAAGCGAGGGAAGAGGAAUGAUACCCCGGGUUUUUGAAUACCUCUUUGUAAAGAUCCAACUGGAAGGGGAAGCUCGCAGAUCUCAAGGCCUUGAGUUCGCAUGUAAAUGCUCGUUUCUGGAAAUUUACAAUGAGCAAGUUUCUGAUCUUCUCGAGCCGUCCGCCACCAACCUGCAAUUGAGGGAGGAUGUCAAAAAAGGCGUUUAUGUCGAGAACCUCAAGGAAGUAGAAGUCAACAGUGUUGGAGAUGUUAUGAAGCUGCUUAAUCAGGGCUCUGCAAACAGAAGAGUGGCGGCUACAAACAUGAAUAGAGAGAGCAGCCGUUCUCACAGCGUUUUCACCUGUGUAGUGGAAAGCAAGUGGGAGUCGGAUGAUUCCGUCAUUAACACACGUUUUGGACGAUUAAAUCUGGUCGACUUAGCAGGGUCUGAAAGACAGAAGAGUUCGGGAGCGGAAGGCGAUAGGCUCAAGGAGGCUGCUAACAUUAACAAGUCCCUCUCUACACUUGGGCUUGUCAUCAUGGUCCUUGUUGACGCUGCUAACGGCAAGCCGCGGCACAUACCGUACCGCGACUCUAAACUUACAUUCCUCUUGCAAGAUUCACUGGGUGGGAACUCGAAAACAAUGAUUAUAGCAACUGUGAGCCCUUCUAACAGCUGCUCUUUGGAGACUUUGAGCACUCUAAAGUUCGCCCAACGCGCCAAGUUUAUCCGUAACAACGCUAUCAUUAAUGAGGACAGCUAUGGGGACGUUGUUUCCCUGCGUCAACAGAUCCAACAGUUGAAGGAUGAAGUGAACUAUCUUCGGAGUCAGGAUUGUAGAAACAAUGAUCAGCCUGUGGAGCCAUGUCUUUUACACAGUCUGGGUCAAGAAGUACUUGCUGCUUCUUUGAGAAGAGAGGCAGCGGCGGAAUCAGUCAUUAAGAACCUUGGGGUGGAGAUCAGUCACCUUAAACGACUGGUGAGGCAAAGGGAGGAAGAUACACAACGCGUGAAGAUGCUUUUGCGAUUUAGAGAGGACAAAAUCAGAAGGCUAGAAGCUGCGGAGGAUGGAUCCACUGCUGGAGGCUCUUUUUGUUUGGAAGACAGGGAAGCUUUGGUAGAGGAAGUAAAGGUCCUUGGCAGCAGAGUCGAACACAACCCUGAAGUUACACGAUUUGCAAUGGAAAACAUACGCUUGAUGGAAGAGCUGAAAAGGUUCCACGAAUUUUAUGACAACGGAGAAAGAGAAACCAUGACUACUGAGUUGUCGAACCUUCGGGAUCAGCUUAUGGAGGUUUUGGAAGCAAAUGCGAUUUUGAAGGAGGAAUGUGGUAUUCAGAGCCAUUCACGGCUUUUAGAAGAGGUUGAGAAUUUCCGCUCUGAGGCGAACGUUAUGGAGGAGCAUAAGCAGAAAUCAGAAUCCUUACAACGGGAAAACGGAGAGCUCAUUAGGGAGUUGCAGAGUAGAACCAGCGAAAUUGAGUUUUACAAACGGGAGCUGGACGCGUAUAAGGAGAGAAAGGCCUGUGAUAUAGAAUCCAAUGCACGCUUAGAGCUGCAGUUAAAAGAGGCAAUGAGGGAGAAGCAAGCUCUAGAAGCCAGUCUCGAGGAGGCAAAUGAGUUACGUGAGCAGAUGGAAAGCCAGCAAUUAGUGUUAAUCAACGAGCUUGAAGCUGCUCCCUUGAAACAACAAAAAUACGGAAGUGACGACAGUACACCCGUGUUAAGGAGCCAGGUGCAGUUGCUACAGCUUGAACUGAGAAGGAAAGAAGAAAUCCGCUGCUUAGAGAAGACUGUGGGCUUCGAUGAGGCAGAAAAAUCUAAGACCGAACAGGAGGUUCUGAAGAUUAGGGAAGAACUUGACGAGGCACAGGAGUUGAACAGGCUUUUCUUCAGAGAAAAAAUACACAGGCUGGCUAUAGAAAAACAGAUGGAUGUCAGGCGUGCAGAAGUUGAAGCUGAGACGGCAGAUACUAUUUCUAAUCUGCAUAGGGACCUUCUUAUGGCAAAUGAUAAGUUCGCACUAUCUAGUAACCACGAAAAACUCUCAUCUGACGAGGUCGAAAGCUUGCAGCUUGAAAAUGCACGGCUAGCAAAUUACUGCAACGAACUGAGGCUGGGCAAGGAACAAGAGCUUUGCAAGCUCUGGCAACAGACUACAAGAAGACUAGCCGAUUAUCUAUCUGAAGGUGACGCGACACUUGAUGCUGCAGCAACGGAAAUGGAACGGAUUUUUCAGACUUCCUUGCCGGAUUGUCCACCAAGCCAUUUUGCUGCGGAGAAGCAAAAAGUUAUUCAGGCUUUACAGUUAAAGCUACACCAGGCUUUUGAGUUUGUCAAAGAUGCAGAGCAAAAGAUGGAGGCUUUAACUGACGCGACCUCAAAUAUGUCGAAAAUGCAAGAGACACAGAGAGAGGAGGUGUUGACGACAAGGAUUACUGCAGAAGAAGCCAUAUGCAGAGCAGACUGCCUUGAAGGGAACAUGAGAAAGCUCAACAAAUUUCUGGAGGUCGCCUUUAUAGUGAUUAACAACCUUGCCGAGGCACAGGAACAACAACGGGAACUAGAACGAACUGAAGACGCGGGUUUAAUAUGCUCACUAAGGAGGAGUCUGCUACUAUCCGAGAAAAGAGGACACGCCGCUCUUUUAGUUGUAAAGCAUUGCGUUGGCGUGGAGGAGCAGCUGAGAUCAAAGAUUUGCGACGGUGCAAGUAUUAUUUCGGAACAGCAAACAGCUAUAGCUAUUCUUCAGGAGAAGAAUGACACCCAUAUCCGUGUUUUAGAACAGACUCGAACCGAGCUACAAGAACACUCGACUAGACUACAUGAGGCUGAAGAGCUUUGGUGCGCCGAAAAGGAACGGCUGUUGACGGAUGUGAAAGUGUUAACGUCUCAGACCGAUUAUCUCGCGAAAGACUGUAGUUACUCGAGUUCAACACUACUCAAGCAGAUGGUCAGUUUCGAGCAGCAGGUGCACGAUUCCAAGUUACUGGUCGAUGACGCGUUUCGAUCUAUCUCCCAUGAAGGAUUGUCAACACUGCAUGCGCUUAAGAUCGACAUAUCAGAGGCCCGAAACUUCGUUAACGCGCUCAGGGAGGACAGUGACGCGAAUGUUUUAAAAGGCUACAAGGAGGUCGCUGCGACAAGGCUUGCGUUGGAAAAGGCCCGAGCGACACAUGCUUCUGACAUGUCCAAGGCGAAUCUGGAGUUGGACAUGCUCCGAGAAUCAGCUGAAGUUGAAAAAGUGCGAUUGCAAAUGGCAAUAGCUAAUGCUCAAGAGAAGCUUUCGUCGUUGCAGUUCAAAGUUGGCGAGCAAUCUUUGGAACUUCAGAAAGCUCAGCACAAGUGCGAGGCUUACGAGAAAGACUGUAUGGUGGCUGUAUCAGAAAUGCAUGAGCUGGACAUAAAGGUUCAGGAGCUGGAUGACCACAUUGCGCGGCUUGAAGCAGAAAACGGGGCGUUGAAGGGCAGGGUCGCCUCGUUGCUGGAAGAUAUCGAAGGGAAAAAUGCUGCGUGCAAGGGGCUAGAGCUUUCUAUUCAGGAGCUCGUUGAGGAGGCAAGGAAGAAACAAGAUGACACUUUACAGCUUCGGCAAGAGAUGCAUUCCAAGGCUGACAACAUUCUCCGGUUGGAAACGGUGGUUCGUAAUGUCCAUGAGGAGCUUUCACGAUCGAACAGUGAAGUGGCUGCGACAACAAAGGAGUUACAAUCUUUGAAGGACGCGACACUGGCAGAGAAGUCCACAUGGAAGUCUAGUAUUCAAGAAUUGGAAUAUAAGAUGGUGGACUUGAAUCUUAUAAAAUCGGAACUUGAGGAAAAGAACAACGUCCUCGAGCAGCAGGUUGCGGUGCUAGAGCGGAACUCCAGAGCGUCACAUUCGGAUUACGAAAGUAAAAUUUCGAACGAGAUCGAAAAGAAAGAGUCUAUUAUCAAGGGCUUGGAAUUUGACAUGGGUUUACUUCAGGAGUCAUUCGCUGACAUGGCUGAGACAAAAGCUGACGUUCUGGAAACCAAUGCGAAGCUACAGCAUGAAUUGUCCUUGAGGUUGAACGAUCUUUCAGAAGCACAAGGGCUUCUUGCAAGUGCGCGCGGGGAGCUCUCGGAAAAAUCGAGUAGUCUGCGCUGCCUGGAAGGCGAGGCUGAUACGCUGAGAGAUCUUAAGGCGACUUUGGCAUCAGAAAACAACGCUCUCGUUAAGAAAAUUGAAGAACUCGUGUUUGAAAAGAACAACGUUCAAGACGAGUUGGAAGAAAAGUCGCAUUUAGUUGAGAGUUUGGAUCUAGAGCUUUUGGAGCUGAGCUCCUUGGUGGAACAGAAGGUGGCAGAGGCUGUUAGUUCUGUACAGGAGGAGCUGAAUGCUGUACUUCAGGAGCGGGACAGGCUAAGUGCGGACCUGUUGGUUGUUACCGAGCAGCUUGACAUGGCCCAGUCACUCGCUGACGAAAGAGAAAUCGUGGCAGUCGAGGCUCGUAAGGUUGCGGAGGCUAGCAAGGCCCAUGCAGAAGAGAAAGACGAAGAAAUAAAGGUUUUAGAACGCUCUGUUGGAGAACUGGAAAGCAUCGUGAACGCUUUAGAAAAUCAGGUUGGGAUAGUAAAACGUGAAGCACAAAUGCAGCGGUUGAUGAGAGAAGAUUUAGAAACUGAAGUGCAAUCCCUACGACAUGAGAUCACUCUGAGAACCGGGAUGAUUGCAGCGAAGAAAACAGACGAAGAAGCAAUCCUGAAGCUAAAGGAAGAAAUUGCUAAGCUUUCUGAAGAUUGUUUCGAGAAAGAGUCACAGAUCCAGGCGUACAACAAGCAUAUUUCAGAUCUAACGACUGCCUCCACCAGACAAGCAUCCCACUAUCAACAAAAGAUCAACGAGUUGGAAACGUUUUUGGAUCAGGCAAAAGCGACGAAAACAAAGGGGUCGAGCUCACCAUUCAAGUGCAUAGGGAAAGGUCUUUCGCAGCAGAUGAACUCAGAGUUCGACGAAGAGCUAUCUGCAGCAAGGCACCGUAUCAGCGAACUUGAAACUAUCGCUGCCGGCCGACAAAGAGAGGUGUACAUGCUAAACUCGAGGCUUGCAGAAGCGGAAAGUAUGACACAUGAUGUCGUCAGAGACCUUCUUGGAGUUAAAAUGGACAUUACAAAUUACGCUUCGCUACUUGUCGAGGAUCGUUUUCCAGAUUCGUCAAACCAUGAGAGCGUUCAACUCUUGCAAAAGCAACCUGAGGAGUAUAUUGAAGAACGGGAUAGUUGUCUUGACGAAAUAGACCACCGUCAGAAUGAAGUUGCUGCCAUUCGUGUAGCAGCUGAGCAGCUCCGGGUGCGAGAGCAAGCGCUAAACAGUGAGAACGAAAAACUGAAGGGAGAACUUGAUGCAUUCAAAAAGCACCAGUCUGGUUUAGAGAACGAGGUACGGAAGCUAUCCGGACAACAGAACCUUCAGCAAAGAAUUCAUCAUCAUGCCAAGAUCAAGGAGGAAAACAAUCUGCUAAAAGCUAAAAACGAUGAGCUUUCGACUAAGCUUCGAAACAUGGAAAUACGUUUGAGUCGCGUCCAUGAGGAACUUGACCAACAUCGUAACGCAAAUGGGAAGCCACGAUAUGAGGUUGAGCAGCAACUUCGCAGCAAACUAAAGGAGGCCGAAGAUGAUAAUCUCCAAAUGGCCGAAGAGUUAUCAAACAUGUGCAAGAAGAUCAUGCAGGUUUCGGGCGCUUAUCACACUGAGGGCCAUGUGGAUACUUCAGUGGCAUGGCAGUCAUUGGAGAUGCUUCAUCAUCAGCUCGCUGAUAACCAGAAGCAGGUGGCCGACCUCAAGCUUAUAAUAGCUGACUACCGUAGAGUUGUAGACCGUUAACAGCCAAUUGGGAUCCUGCGCGACGGCAAUGGUUCGCCUAAGUCUUCGGUGCGCUACGUCUUGCGCGCUGCUGUUGGUUAUCUAGAAAAUUCUUGAGCAAUGAAAGUUGCGAUUUUGAUGAA